AUGCUCGUCCCUCGUCGCGCCCUCUUCGCCGCCCGAAGACUCCCCAUCUCCUUUCGUCCAAUCGCACGAUACGCUACCGAAGCAUCAGCUGUUGAAGAUGUUACACAAGUGAAGCCCAAAUAUACUCCCAGAGCUAAAGCUGCACCUUCGACUGCGACUACGACUGCGAAGUCGCCAGCUGCGAGAUCUACACCUGCAGCCGCAUCUACAAAGUCUACAUUUCCGCCAAAGACAAUUCCUGCAAACCCCCCGGCGAGUAACAAGACUGCUAAGCCCGAGAGCCCACACAAGCCUGUUACAGUGUCCAAGACCAUUCUGAGCGAGACUAGCGAGACGGAUACAGAGAACACAGACCACAUUAACUGGGAGAAGAGCUGGUAUGGCCUUGGUGUGAAGGCUGUUACUCCUGAGCAGAAUGAGAUUCUCGCAAGACCAGUUGAUGCUGCUGAUGUGGAGGUCAAGCCCGAUGGUAUCAUCUAUUUGCCAGAGGUCAAGUACCGACGGCGGCUCAAUGAAGCGUUUGGACCGAUGGCUUGGGGAAUGGUCCAUCGUGGGGAGGUCAUUAUCGGCAACCAGAUUGUGACGCGUGAAUAUGCCCUCAUCGUGCACGGCCGAAUCGUCUCCCAAUCGCAGGGCUACAACAAUUUCUUCAGCCCCGAAUCUAUCCCUGCCGCCAUUGAGGGUGCCAAAUCCAACGCCCUGAUGCGUUGCUGCAAGGAUCUCGGUAUCGCCUCUGAACUCUGGGAUCCUGUGUACAUCCGCUGGUUCAAAAAGCAUUACAUAGAGGAAAAAUGGGUCGAGCACGCAGUCACUAAGAAGAAGAGGACUUUUUUCUACAAGAAGGGUCUCGCUGAGGCAGCGUACCCAUACAAGUUUUGUUAG